CCAUGGGAUGCAAGGCAAGCCAAGAAGAAGUAAAAAGGCCUGGAAAAGGACCUGCACGGAAGAAGACUCUCCAACAUUAUGAUCCUGAAGGAGUUAUUGAGGAAAUCUUACCAGAUAAAUACACUGGAGAAGGGAGUAAAUAAGACUAAUGGCUAUCUUUGUCACCUUAAGCCUGAUCAGCUAAAUGAAAAAUAGAAGAGAGUUUUGGAAAGAGAAAUUAAGAAUAAACCAUGAAGUAUGGUUCAUCAUUAAAGAAGCCAUCCAGUCUGAUCUUGCACAAUGAGAUGCAUUACUCUCCGUAGCAGGAUUUAAAUGAGAGAAUGGGACCGUUGAUAGGCUCAUUGAUCCCAAAGGUAAUAAGCAUGAUGUCCCAAUUUGGUUAAUAAACAAACCUAUAAACUAUUCUGCAAGCUAUCAUGCUGAGAAAUUACGUGAGAUAGAGAGACCUUCUGUUCCCGAAGGAAUUGAAGUUAAAAUUCUUGACUCCAAAACUAGUACCAAGCAUGAAUACACAAUUUCGAAUAGUGAAGACUGAAGCGAACUAAAAAGGAUCUAUGGAGAAGAAUAUGAUUGUUCUGAUAUCUCUAAGAUCAGACUCUUCUAUCUGGGAAAAGAAAUGGAAAAUGAUGUCUGUAUCAAUUCUUACAAUAUCAAGAGCAAUAUAUACAUCUGAGGCUUAGUAAUAGAUGAGUAAGUAAAG